AUGGGAGAGCAAGAAUUUUCUAUUGCUAUGAUGAUUCUAUUUGCUUUGUUUAUUAGCUUGAAUAUGUUAAGUGUUGAAGGUGAUUAUGGUGGUUGGGAGAGUGCUCAUGCUACUUUCUAUGGCGGUGGUGAUGCUUCUGGCACAAUGGGUGGGGCAUGUGGAUAUGGAAAUUUGUAUAGUCAAGGAUAUGGAACAAACACAGCAGCAUUAAGCACUGCUUUGUUCAACAAUGGAUUAAGCUGUGGAUCUUGCUAUGAAAUGAGAUGCAAUGAUGAUCCAAGGUGGUGCAAACCUGGUUCUAUUAUUGUUACUGCUACAAAUUUCUGUCCACCAAAUCCAGCUCAAGCAAACAAUGAUGGUGGAUGGUGUAAUCCUCCUUUGCAACAUUUUGAUAUGGCUGAACCUGCUUUCCUUCAAAUUGCUGAAUAUAGAGCUGGAAUUGUUCCUGUCUCCUUUAGAAGGGUGCCAUGUUUGAAAAAGGGAGGAGUAAGAUUCACAAUAAAUGGUCACUCUUACUUCAACCUAGUUUUGGUCACCAAUGUGGGUGGUGCUGGUGAUGUUCAUUCAAUUUCCAUCAAAGGCUCAAGAACUUCAUGGCAACCUAUGUCAAGAAAUUGGGGCCAAAAUUGGCAGAGCAACUCUUACCUUAAUGGACAAAGCCUCUCAUUUCAAGUCACCACAAGUGAUGGUAGAACUAUAACAAGCUAUAAUGUUGCGCCAGCAAAUUGGCAAUUUGGUCAAACCUUUCAAGGAGCUCAAUUUUAG